AUGACUGAAACUGACUUCUCCUACCUUCAGUCGUCAUCAGCGAGACGAGGCUUAAGUUACUGCUCGGAUCAUUUUGGCAAUGUCGCUGCUGAACCUGAAAAGUCAAAGUUACGGAAAAUCAUGAAUUCUUUGAAAGAUUUACUAUUGACGUAUUAUAAUGUUAGUGAAGAUGUUUUGGACAAACAGUAUUUAUUCGGGUUUCCUUGGCCGAAUGAAAAAGAAUGGUGUUACGCUAUUAAUUUUAGUGGUGGCAGUGAAGCUGAUUUGCGUAAGAAUAUCUCGUGCAGUGCGAAAGUUAUACCAAUUUGUCUAGUUAUGGGUGAAGCAAAUAUUGUAAGGGUAAUUUGGUUAGCUCUGGCAAAUACUGCUCUGAUUGAAUAUGAAAAUAACCCUCGAUCAACUUCACAUAUUGUUUAUGAAGCGACCUAUGAGGAGAUGUCCGGCGUUUGUCAAACUGCUGUUGGAGGCAGUCUUCUCAAAGUGGAGGAUGAAGGGACAUUAAAUUUUAUAAAUCAAAAGUCUGAAUGGCUCGAUUUACCAAUUACCAUUCAAAGAGCAAUUUGUAUAAUUAGACAUUUGAUUGACGGAACAGCGCGUCAUCCGCAUUCUCCGGACGCCUGGCACUUUUUAAAAGAACUGAUUGACAAACUUACCGAUAAACCACAUGUUCCAGCAGUGCCGAUUUUGAGUACAGACUUUUCAUGGAGUUUUACUAAUCACAUUCUUCCGACAGUAUUCGGCUAUUGGAGAGUGUUCCUUAAAUUUUCAUCCAAAUUCUGUGCAGUGUACAACGGGUUCCUUAAUGCACGAUCAGCUGUACUCUGCUGA